AAAAAACCAAAAAAACAGUUUACCCGAGCUCGAUUGUUAAAGCGUGCUGCUCUGCUCCUUUUUCCAAAGACUUUAAGGGAAACUCAGAACAAAUUUAAAGAAAGAGGAAGAAAAACUUUUUCUUAAAGCAGGAAAGGAAAGUAAUAAUAACAUGUCAGUUUUCUUUUCCUUUGCUUUCCUGGCAGUGAUUCUUGCUCUUGUAGGCUGUACUAGCCAGCGUCGGGGUCCAGAAGCCAGUGGGAGAAGAUUUAACCGGGUUCAGCACGGGCAGUGCACCUACACUUUCAUUCUGCCAGAACAGGACGGGAACUGUCGUGAAAGCACGACAGACCAGUACAACACAAAUGCUCUUCAGAGAGAUGCUCCUCACGUGGAACAGGAUUUCUCUUCCCAGAAACUGCAACAUCUGGAACAUGUGAUGGAAAAUUACACUCAGUGGCUGCAAAAACUUGAGAACUACAUUGUGGAAAACAUGAAAUCAGAGAUGGUGCAGCUGCAGCAGAAUGCUGUGCAAAACCACACUGCUACCAUGCUUGAGAUAGGGACCAGCCUCCUCAGCCAGACAGCAGAGCAGACGAGAAAACUCACAGAUGUUGAAACCCAGGUGCUAAAUCAAACAUCCAGACUUGAAAUUCAGCUACUGGAAAAUUCCCUGUCAACAUAUAAGCUAGAAAAACAGCUGCUACAACAGACACAUGAAAUCCUAAAAAUUCAUGAGAAAAACAGUUUACUUGAGCACAAAAUUCUAGAAAUGGAAGAAAGGCACAAAGAGGAGCUGGCCACUUUGAAGGAGGAAAAAGAGAACCUACAAAGCUUAGUCACACGACAAAGCUACAUAAUCCAGGAACUAGAGAAGCAGUUAAAUAAGGCAACAAGCAAUAACAGUGUCCUGCAGAAACAGCAGCUUGAAUUGAUGGAUACAGUUCACACCCUGAUCACCCUCUGCUCCAAGGAAGGAGUUUUACUAAAGAAUGCAAAAAAGGAAGAAGAAAAGCCAUUCAGAGACUGUGCAGAUGUGUACCAAUCUGGUUUUAACAAAAGUGGGGUCUACACUAUUUAUAUUAACAAUGUGUCAGAUCCUAAAAAGGUCUUUUGCAAUAUGGAAAUUGCUGGAGGAGGAUGGACAGUUAUACAACACCGGGAAGAUGGAAGUCUGGAUUUUCAGAAAAGCUGGAAAGAAUACAAAAUGGGUUUUGGUAGCCCAUCAGGUGAACAUUGGCUGGGAAAUGAAUUUAUCUUUGCAAUAACAAGUCAGAGGCAAUAUUCUCUAAGAAUUGAAUUAAUGGACUGGGAAGGAAACCGGGCAUAUUCACAAUAUGACAGAUUUCACAUAGGAAAUGAAAAACAGAAUUACAGGCUUCAUUUAAAAGGUCACAGUGGAACUGCUGGAAAACAGAGUAGCCUGAUCUUGCAUGGUGCUGAAUUCAGUACAAAAGAUGCUGACAAUGACAACUGUAUGUGUAAAUGUGCUCUCAUGUUGACUGGAGGGUGGUGGUUUGAUGCCUGCGGCCCCUCCAAUCUCAAUGGGAUGUUCUACACAGCUGGACAAAACCACGGAAAGCUCAAUGGAAUCAAGUGGCAUUACUUCAAAGGCCCCAGCUACUCCUUGCGCUCCACCACCAUGAUGAUCCGGCCUUUGGACUUUUAAAGGAAUUCUGCAGUGGAUCCCAGGAGAAGCCAGGCUGGCACUGCCCUCAGCAGCAAUGCUAUCACAGUCUGAAGGUAAAAGGCAAAGGGCUCCUUGGAAGCAACAUGUAGGGAUGGUGCAAAGUUGCUUUGCUAUCACUCCAUAACCUGCAAACACUUCCCACCCCAUAUUUUGAUUACUGUGGGGAGCUUGGUUUAGAAGAAGGUGGCUGAAAUGAUUUUCCAGAGAACUGGAUCUGGCUAUUCCACCCAAACUUGGGGCUUGGCAGUGGACGUCUUUUUUUUUUUUUUUUUUUUCCUAUUUCAGGAAUAGGAUGGGAAUUUAAAGAACUGAAACAUAUCAGCCAUGGUCUAUUGAGUAGAGUUAUUCAGCACUGAAAUGCAAACAUUUUACCCAUGAAAAAGGAUUACAGAGACCCUUUUAUUAAAAUUUGUCUUAAAGCAUCCGAGGUGACCACUCCAAAUAUUGUUUUCCUUAAAUGAACUGAAUUUGAAUAGUGGAUGGAUUUAUGUUAACCCCAGAGUCAAAUUGUUUGUGCAAAUAUUAUUUUUCAUUAAGUACUUUAAGGACAGAUUUCUAAUAAAUAAACUGAGUCAAACAUAUGAAUAAUGAUAGGUAUAAUAAGCAUAAAUUCCUCAGUUGCUCUUUAGAGGUAAAUCAUGUAAUUGGCAUAAUCCCUGAGCUAGGAUUUAUAGUGUGAUAACAAAAGUAGCUGUGUUUUAGGUUUUUCCUUUCUUUCAUUACAGGCAGUCUGAAUGUCAUGUAGAUAAUUAAUGGAAGGUUUAAAGAAUGUGAAAUAUUAUCCAAGAAAAAAUACAAUAUUUUGCAUGGAAUUUUUCCAUCAAAAAAACACAGGAAGGCAAACUGUUAGGGUAUAAAAAAAUUACAUACAUGCAUAGCUUAUGGCAAUGGAUUAAUUUUACAGUACCCUUGCAUGUGCACAAUUUAGCCUUAAUUAUUUUACUUCUUUAUUACAUUUUUGUGAAUAUCAGAAGCAUGCCCAUUCUACACAGUGCUUAGGCUACGACUAUAAAAAAUACUCAUCAGAAUUGUAUAUAAAAUAAAGAAUUGUGAACUUGUAAAUAUCAUGUUUAUAUUUCCUGCAACAGUCAUUUAUUUUGUACAGGCAACCCUGAACCCACACAAAGGGUAAAAAGCCUCAAAAAGAUAGAAAUAUUGAAGAACUUUAGAUGACUGCUUACAGGUUGCUAACAAGUUGUUUUGUUCUAUUAAAAUGCUCAAGUGUGGGACUAUUGGAAAAGAUAAAAGUCUUCUAAUAACAAGGAAUAUAGCUGUGGGUGCCCCAGGAGGGUAGAGAAAACUCUUUCCAUUUACAGCCCUUUUGAUUAAGUCAUAUGAAUAAAGUCCAUUAGGGAAAGCAGUUUGCAGUCAUUCUAAUUCUGCUAGAAAUGAAAUGAAAAAGUUUACCCUGCUCCCACUGAAAUCAAAAGUAAUACUCGCAUCAAUUAAAUUUGGACCAACAUGGCACACAGAAUCUGCAGGUGGUGAGGUGUUUGCUCAUCUCUUUGUUGCCUUGUUAUAUUUAUUAAACUGCUCCUGAGAUGAGGCACAACAAUGACCUGAUUUUUUAAAAAGGGUAAUGAUAAAUUUUUCCCCCUUACUUUUUCAACUUUUUUUUUCUUUCUUUUUUUUCUUUUUUCCUUUUUUCUUUUUCCCCACUUAGCAGUUUAUUUCUAUGGAAUAGAGGAAAAAAUACUUGGAGAUUCUUAAACACCUCUUCCUAAAGAUCACAAGGUUAUAGUACCACUAUUCUCUAAUUUUGUUACAAUUUGAUGUUUGUUUCAUUUUCAGUGGGAAGAUUUGUGUGUGUGUGUGUGUGUGUAGUUGUAUAUAUUUAUAUAUAUAUUUGAAAUAAUCUUGACUAAGGGUUAAUUUGAAGUUUUCUGCUGAAUAAGUUACCAAACUACUCUUUAUACAGCACUUUCUUUGCAGCAUGUUUUGUCCCAUUUUCCAGCAGGUUUUUUUUAAUGGUCUUCAUUAAUGUGCAAAAUAUGCAGUCUGUCUUCCACCAUAUUCUCAAAAGAUAGAGUUUUGCAGGUCCUAUUGCAAAAGGCAUAACACAUUUAAAAUUAAAAGCAUGAUAUUUACUGUCUAUUUAUCUGGGUUUGAAAAAAAAUGUGGAUUUGGUUUCCUAUCCUUUAUAAUAAAAUGUAUUUAAAAAUC